AUGAGCGACUUCCGGGGGCAGUGGGCGCCAGGAAAAGACGGCCAGAUUAUGGCCACCCCGGUAGAGAACGCCUCAGAGCGGCUGCGCAUGGUCAUCACUGACAGCGAUACGCUGCAGAGCCAGAUUCGUCAGCACCUCUUUGUCAUCCAGGGUCGUCACAUGGCGUCAUCAGCCGAGCGGCCAGAUGGCAAGAGCCGGCCCGCGAGCAUGGACGGCCCCCGGAGGAGCUACAGCGGCGAGCUGCAGGCGCGGCGUGCCAGUCAUGACGCAGGUUUGUACGUGUGCAACCCGGCUGUCAUAAAAGCCCGCAGCAGCACGAUGCCCGCAUGCAUGCGCUCGGCGCUGAAGCUGCCGCCGCUCUCGGCUGCGGCGCUGGCGAAGGCGGGGGCCGCUGACUCACCGGCUGACUCAUCGGCUGACUCAUCGCGCCACAUCGGCGGCGCUGUGAAUGCCACAAUGGUGCCGCGGAGCAUGAUCGAGGACAUGAUGACACCACUGGGAUCCCUGGAACGGUCCAUCAGCGAGUAUCUCAAAGAAGGGUGA